UCCCAACAAUGCGCACUGGAGAAUCCCAUUCCGUCUGUCUUUUGCCAUGAGGGCUAUAUCAAUAGCGCUGGGAGAAAAAAAAAGAGUAAAAAUAAAUACGCAAAGUGGUUCGCAAUAUUCUGAACACUCAUUACUCAGUAAUUAAUUAUUCGUGUUAUCUGAGAAGAUAAGGGUAUUAACUGUGGACAUUACAAAAUUUUCCGCCUUGAAAUUUCGGAAAUUGAUUAAUCAGUUGCUCCGUUAUUCCUAGUCAAUAGUGGAUUUCGAAAUCCCUGAGAUUUGUGAAUAGAAGACCCCUCAAAUGAGAGAGCUUAUCUUUCGCAAAUACCUAACGCGAAACACUUGUAUUUACCCGACUUUCGAUGUUGGGGGUAUUUAAGGAGAAGCUUCAACUUGAAGUUCCAUCAAUUGUAAUAAUUCUACCACUUCAACUAGACUCUCUACCCAAUUUCACGAUGAAAUUCCUCGCGAUUUUCUUCCUCAUCGCCGCGGCUGCCGCGUCCACCGACACUUCAGGACAAAAGUGCAGCGCCGAUAAGGAAUGCCAACCCCGCCCUCCCCUGGGUGUCAGGUACUAUUGCGAACCUGAUCUGAAGAUCUGUUAUUCCAGGCAAAUCUCAUCCCCGAACCCAACAGACAAGCACUGCAACACCGCCAAGGACUGCUCAUCCGAGCCUCUGGUCGGAGUGAAAUUCUACUGCGACCCCUCCACCAAAACUUGCUACUACAGGCAAGUUUUACCCCCCCAAGUAACAGACCGUCACUGCGAGACCAGGCAUGACUGUUAUGCACCACCAGUGGGAGUUCAAUUCUACUGCGAUAUCAAGACACAAACCUGUGCUACCAGACCAAUUGUUUAAUUUCCG